AUGGCAUCAAGAGGGGCGGAGUAUGUCCACAUCUUUGGCGUAGACAACGUCCUCACCAAGAUGGCGGAUCCCUACUUCUUCGGCUUUUGCAUAUCAAAGGAAGCCGAGUGCGGCGCAAAAGUUGUCGAAAAAACAAUGCCUGAGGAGCCAAUCGGCGUGGUCGGUGUUGUUGAUGGAAAGUUUAGGGUGAGUCCUACCCUACCUAUGUGUAUGUUUGUAUGUGUGAUGUUUUUUUUCCUACAGGAUAGUAACCGCAACUGUUUCGGAGAGGGUACUGUGGUGAUAAGCUUGUCACAAGCAACGAUGUUUGCCGAUCAACAGCGCCUCGAUCAAAUCCCCAGAAAUGAACUAAACAGCAAGGGCAUAAAAGGGGAAAUGUAUUGUCGUAAACUAACGACGUACUUUAUAAAUGAAAGCAAGGCAUGCAGGUGCAUGAACAAGAUAGGCCUGUAA